CUUCCCUCAGCUGUGCGUUCCUCCGACACUCGGGUUCCAUCAGGACUGAACGCCGUCGUGACUUGUUAGACCUCUGCGCCGCCUGUGGCAUGGGGAAGUGGGACGAUUCUUCAAGGAACACCACUUAAUACGAGGUUUCCGGACGUCGGAAGGCCGUCCAGGCCGCGCGAUUCAGAAGCGCGCGCCUGAAGGCGCGAUCCCGCGGAAAAGCUUCAGGAACGGUAGGCCUUGACUUGAGUUGAGUCCGAACAAGAGCGGCGGCUGCAGUGCUGGUUCUGCGGCGCAACACCGAGCAAGUCGAAGUGAAACAGCGCAGGAGAACCGGCAAACGAGCGCCGAACAGAGUGGGGAGAAGGUCAGUCGUGACGGGGGCCUGUGCAGAGAUAUCCCAAACUUCCCCAAGAAGAAGAGGACCCUAACUGGAAAUCAUAUGGACGAAGAAAUGAGUCGCCAGACUGCCACUGCGCUCCCCACCGGAACAUCUAAGUGUGCCCCCUCCCAGCGGGUUCCAGCACUGGCAGGCACCACGGCCUCCAACAGCGACCUGGCCAGUCUGUUUGAGUGCCCCGUCUGCUUCGACUACGUGCUGCCACCCAUCCUGCAGUGCCAGAGUGGACAUCUGGUGUGCAGCAACUGCCGCCCCAAGCUUACGUGCUGCCCCACCUGUCGAGGACCCCUGGGCUCCAUCCGCAACUUGGCCAUGGAGAAGGUGGCCAAUUCGGUGCUCUUCCCCUGUAAGUACGCCUCGUCAGGCUGCGAGGUCACCCUGCCGCACACAGAGAAGCCGGAGCAUGAGGAGCUGUGCGAGUUUCGGCCCUACUCCUGCCCCUGCCCAGGGGCCUCCUGCAAAUGGCAGGGCUCCCUGGAUGCAGUCAUGCCCCAUCUGAUGCACCAGCACAAGUCCAUCACGACACUGCAGGGUGAGGACAUUGUCUUCCUGGCCACAGACAUCAACCUGCCGGGGGCUGUUGACUGGGUCAUGAUGCAGUCCUGCUUCGGCUUCCACUUCAUGCUGGUGCUGGAGAAGCAGGAGAAGUAUGAUGGACACCAGCAGUUCUUUGCCAUUGUGCAACUCAUUGGCACGCGCAAGCAGGCUGAAAACUUUGCCUACCGCUUGGAGCUUAAUGGCCACCGGCGCAGGCUCACCUGGGAGGCCACGCCCCGUUCUAUCCACGAGGGCAUUGCCACUGCCAUCAUGAACAGUGACUGUCUGGUAUUCGACACCUCUAUUGCACAGUUGUUUGCUGAGAAUGGUAACCUGGGAAUCAACGUUACUAUCUCCAUGUGCUGAGGACAUGCAGGUGUGUACACAGGGCACCUGUUGGAGGACAUGUCAUUUUCUUUGGUUUAGCAAUGGUAUUGCUUGGCAGACUCCUGCCACCCUCCUCACAGGUGCUGUCAGGGUUUUCAGUGUUGCACAGAACCUGCACAGGGACAAGAGCUUGAAGGAUAAGGUGGAAGCUCUGAAUCUCUCAAAUGUCUUUCAUGCAAAAUGCAUAUUUCACAACAAAGACCCUAAUAACAGGAUGAUACUCCAGAGGAAUUUGACAUUUCAAGCUCAUUUAGAUACAGGUAGCCAUGGUAAGUUUCAGUAGUUAUGAAGCUGAGCAUUAAGUUCUGAAGGACAGCUAGAGCUUCAGUCCCUUGAGUAGCUGGGCUCUCUGAUAUGGCUUCAGCUGGAGGAUUCUGAGAAGUUGUGAAUGUUACAAUAGAAGUCAGACUUCAAGAAAUUUACAGCUCAUUUCAAUUUAAAGAGGAAGUUUUAUGAGAAUUGUGUAUCUUUUUCCCCCUCACUUGGUUAUCUUCUUGGUCCCUGUUGAAGCCUUUGAGAUGCUGGGGUACAUGAAACACAUCUGAUUAUUUCUGCUUAAACCACUGAGCAUCAGUGUGGGGGGCAUUUAUAUUAAUAUUAAUUAUUUUGUAAUGGUUUCAAGAGAUGUAAAGUUGUGGUUAAUUCUGUGUAAGCUGUUUAUUUUUGGAAUCCUGUUUUUCUGAUAGUGUUGCUGGUCUUUGUUUUGCAGUGUGAGACAUUAGACUUCCCUCAUUGUAGUUUGCUGCAACCUCAGCCUAUCCUUUGUUUGCUUUUG